CUCCAUUGACUACCCGGCACGCGCAUGCCUAUAUGCGAACCUUCCCCCCCCAUGUUCAAUCUUCUGCAAGCUUAUUGUAUCCGACACCCAACCCACGAAGCCCGAGUCGUAUUCCGUCUUGCGACUUUCUCUCUCUCUGUCUCUCUCUCUCUCUCUCUCUCUCUCUCUCUCUCUCUCUUUCUCAGAUGUUCUCUUAAUUUUCACCCCACUUGUCGAAACCUCCCCCCAGGGAACCCCAUGAAAGCCCUUGUGGCGUCCGCAACGCGCAUUGAACGCCAUCUCCCUCACGAGUUGUGGGACACGUCCGGGGCAAUGGCAAUAAGGCGAACAGAGGCAAACCUGAGGGCAAAGUGCAGGUUGGAGAGAAGGGGAAAGGGACUGAACAAUAAUUCUGGGGAUCCCCAGCGCACAGCUGUCGACCGCUCUCUCCUCGGUUCAACGGUUCACGAACUUCCUUAACUGCAUCCGUCUCGCAUUGAUGGCCUCGAUUCCAGUGGGUAGACGAGCCUGGGCGCGCCGCCGAGGUUGCGACGUCAUCCCCAUCAUGCGCCGUGUUUCCCGUCCCCUCACACAGUCCAACAUUCAUCCCCCAUCCUUUUACAAAUACCUCUCCCAAACCACUCCAGUCGCUGCCGCUGCCGCUGCC